AAGUCAGCGAGCAAUGCGGUAACUAUAAGCGGUCGUCGCUUUAUGAUGCCUUUGCUCGAUAAGCUGUUCCCUUCAAGGAGGAGUUUCAGGAACAACGUUCAAACGUUCGUCGCGUCUAAUGUCGGAGCGCAGGAAGAUGAUAGGGAUUCCGCCUUGUGUCUUGGUAGCGGACAAGUUCGGAUCCUCCUGUUCCGGGAAUGCGAAUGGCGCGGAAGGAAACUUCUCUUUGAUUCCCUCUCGCUGGAGAAACGAUGGCAUAAAAACAAAACGACCGCGAUCGAUCUCAAAAACAAUGCCAGAUCACCGAACGCCGAUUCGAUUAAUUUCGCGAGUGGUCGAGGUUUCGAGCGUGAAAGAACGGCCGAGGAUGACGUGAGUUUGUUAAGCGAAAUGGUGUUUGGCACUGUAGCCAUGACCUACAGAGGACCUUCAUUUAAGAUUCAUUCAAUGAAUUCACCAUCCUGCAUCAUGUGCACCAAGGUUUUCCCUGCUACAGAGCAUAACAAUUGCAAACCAAGCGAGAGAGUAUCGGACGAAGGGUUGGGUCGUUCCGUGAACUUGGAUUCUAAUUCCAGCAUACGAACCCUCUUGUCUCAACCAAGUUCCGGAAAUUUGUCAGGGUCUGAGUUGAACGCUGGUCCAAGAAAGAAUUCUAUUUGCUCUAGCAACAGCAGCGGAUGGGACAUAGAUAUACCGCCACCGAUGGGCAGUUCCCAGUCAUUGGAAAGCAGCGGAUCGUCGGGUAUCGGUAGCCUUUCGAGUUUACGUCGUAGAUGGUUACGAGUAGUAUCGACUUCCCUCACACGGUCCGAUUCCGAUGACGUCUUUGGAAUGCAAUUGAGUGAAAAUGGCGGCGAUAAUAGGGAUAAUCACGGGAGACGUCAUAAAACAAGACUGGGCUUGACGAUGUUGGUGCGACUAGCCAAAGGCCACGAAAGAAGAAUAGAAGCUUGUCUCCUAGAACACAUGGCUCUCUUGGAAGGAAUGUUAGACCGUCUACGAUACUUCUGCAUCGAAUCGGGUAACCUUAACGCACAGAACAAGGGUGUGCAGCUUCCCGAACGACUUUACCGAUCCUCCUCGAAAUUCGUUGUUUCGUUACUACGUCUACUUACAAACGUGAACACAAGUCUGAAUACACGCGCCCCUUUGCUGUGGCACGAUGUGCUGCUGAAUUCGGUGAAAAUCGAGCACAAAAUCAGCACACUGCACUGUAGCUUGCAGCAAAUGUGUCAGUUACUGGAAGAAGUUGACACAAAGUCCACUAACUUUUUUUUGAGCACCGUUGUGACUGCCGUUCUGACGUAUCACCUCGGAUGGAUCAACACCACGUUACCUGUUCACGACCGACAGCUGAUGGAGAAAGUGGGUACCUGGUAUCCCUGCAAUCCCCUGUGGGCUCAAUUAGGCGAUUUAUACGGUGCAUUGGGUAACCCUAGCAGGGUGGCGCAUACGGUCGUUGCUGGAGAUCCCCAGAAAGUUGAACUCAUUAAUUCCGUGCUGUCCUUCUUGUCGUACUUCAUUCGCAGUGGGAUCGUACGGAAGUGUCAAGAAUACUGUUGCGUCACCGAGGAAGACAUCCAAGAAGCUGCGAACGUUAUAGAACAGGCGAGACUAAAGCGUCCACAUUUAUUCAAUCCGAAACUAACAUCCACGGAUCGUGGUAGCUUGGCGUUUAGACGCGUGUCGCAGGCAUCACCGCGUAAACAAAUACCUGUGCAAGAACAUCUAUCGGACACGGAAUGCGGUGACGCUGCCACGCAACGCUCUUAUCCACGGUGUACCAUGGACAGACUAAGGGCAGAAGGGUCUGUAAGCCCUCUGAAACGGACCACCACAAUGGAAACGAAUCUCGAUUCGUUCAUGCUGAAACCGUUCGAAGUUGAGAGUGAAAGGAAACUCUUCUCGAAAGAAUUACCGCUCGAUGAGAACCAAAAAACCACCGUCGACGAGAAAACCUGCGCGUCCAGUAAAGUCAAGAUAAUAGUAAGCGACAGUGCGACGCAGGAUAUUACCGAUGGGACUAAGACUGAUACCGAACAUUGCCCCGAUUUUCCAUUGCGGAACUUCGAGAAGAAACUGGAGGACGACGACACGGAAGAAUUGUUUGCGAAUUCGAAAACUGACACGUUUCAAGAGUACGAGACGUCGGUCGAUCCACUGAAAUUAUAUUCAAGCAGGCCAGAUUUCGAGUCGGGCCAGAGCAUGGUCGAGGGAAUGAAAAAUUCGCAUGUUUAUUUCAUGCUCGGCGACGAAGGGAAGUCCUCGAAAACACUGCCGCGGCCACGUCUCGGAUACAAUUGUCAGUGCUCGUACAUGUUCACCAGAGUACCGAGCACGUCCGCACAGUUGCCCGAAGGUGUGCUAAGGAAGAUCAUCCAGAGAAAUUUUCCAGAGUCGUCGAAAAGUAUACAAUCGCCACCCGGUGCGCCUUCGAGUAUGACAGCGAGAUUCUGUCAGAGGUGCAACGGUCAGGGCUACGCACCCUCUCAAAAUUUCGACAGUUCUAAACAGGUACUGGAAACGCCGACCAAUGCGACCGAGGUUCUGCGUACCUGUGGCAACACCGUGGGCGAUGAAAAUGUCGGACUGUCGAGAUCGAACAGUCUGGAAGCUUUGAUGGAAGCCAGCAGCGUUGUGGAAUUGCCCAUGCCACGGUCGAAGAAAAUAAAAAAGACUGAUUUGCGCCAGGAUACUGGAUUUACCAAAACGCUUUUGCAGAACAGGAUAAAGAGCGACGAGUCCCGUGGAACGAGUAACUCGGAGCCAGGGUAUACAUGGGGUUUAGUCUUGCAGGGGUUGCAGAAAAAGAAACGGAGAAGAAAACGAAACGUCGUUAAACAAGGGGAAAAUAACUGCGAGGUUGAGACUGAUCGAGAAUGGUGGUACUGCAUACGGGAAGAAUGUCUCGCUGGUAUUCGUUUUCCGACUAUCGAUCAACCGAUCGCCGAAUCGCUUUGUAUUCUAGCCGAUUUAGAUACGUGGCAUGUUGGAAUUAUAUCCAACAACACGCCAUCGCAUACUGCACCGUUACCAGUGGGAAUGUCACGACUCGUUGCUAACAUGCUGGAAGGCUUUGCUUACUUAUGGCGAAAAUACCAUUCAGCAUCACAUUGUGUAGGUAUUCUGGAAGCGAAACUACGGGAAAUGUGGCUGAAAAGUGAAGCACUGGCUGAAAUGCUGAUGGCGACAGAGCUGUGCGAUGCCAGUGUUGCAAACCUCACGAACGCCCUCGACCUUGAUGCAGCUGACAUACCACUGUUACUAGCGGUCGCAACGUCUCAUUCACCAGAGAUAGCGCAAAGAUUCGGUCUGACGCUCGCUUGACCACGUUUUUAUUAUUCUCGUCAUAAAUUGUUCUGCUUUAACACGAACACCCCUUGUUUUUGUAAGCUGUAAAAGGUAUUUCAUUAUUUGUUCGUAUAUAUAUGAUUGUAUAUUAUUGUUUUUAAUAGCUCAAA